UGUUUGAUCCUGACUUCUCUGAUCCCCCCUUUCUUCCAGUGUCCCCCUCUUAUCGCCUACUAAGAAAUAUCAUGUGGAGUCACACUGCACAAUCUCAGUUUUCUUUUUAUCUUGGAAGAGUGCAUGUGAUCAGCACAGGGCAAAUCAGCACUGCCCAGACAGAGGUCAGGGGUUCUGCAUCCUCAUACAGGAAAAUGAAAACUCCUCCUACAAGCUUUAACAUGUGCUUGUCUGGACACUGAUAGAGGUCACAAGACUGCUCUAACUGCUGAUGAGAAAAGGUAUUUAGCAGUUUAGAUUUACUAA